AUGCUUCUUCAAGAAGGGAUGGUAAUUCGGUCGAAAACCGAAUCCAACUUCGAAGACUCGCUACCUGCGCGCGGCGUAGCGAAGGAUCGGGUUAUUAUCAAUGUAGGAGGGUAUCGCCAUGAGACGUACUUAAGCACACUUAAAGUUGUACCGGAUUCGCGGCUGGCUUGGAUAGCUGAAAAUGCUUCAAAGCAAGCUGAGUAUGACCCCGAGAACAACGAGUAUUUCUUUGACCGACAUCCAGGGGUAUUCGUCAGUAUUAUCAAUUACUAUAGGACUGGCAAGCUGCACAGCCCGAGCGAUGUUUGCGGGCCGCUAUUUGAAGAGGAGCUGGCUUUUUGGGGUAUCGAUGAGUUACAGAUGGAACCUUGUUGUUGGAGUAAUUACACGCAACAUAGAGAUGCACAAGCCACUCUUAAGGCCUUCGAAGGCUUGCAGAAAAGUGUCGAGGAAUCCGAAAACGAAAACAGUCCAUUCAAAGUUCGAAAGAAGGUUUCAUCGCGAAUGAAGUGGAAAAGCGAAAUUUGGGCCAUGUUGGAAGAACCAUACUCUUCGAAAUACGCGCAGGUAAGCGGAUUUGAUUUGAGGAUAUCCUAUUGACUUAAAAAUACAAAUUAUAACAUGACAUAAAAUUUCGAUAUUGAUCAAAGCAAUUUUGCCCUGUGAGUAUCUGAAAAAAUUACCCGCCAGUUUUCCCGUUUUUACCUGGCGAUAGAAACGUCCGUUUCUAAUUUACAUGCAAUGGAUCGAAUAGAAAGCUCUCGAUAUGAAGUGCGGAAGUGAUGUGUAUUUGCACGAUUGUUUUGCUACACUUUAAGUGCAUUUGUGUGAUUUUGUGUGCAAGGUUUAAGUCAUUUUAAACUUUCUUUUCUCUUUUGCAAUUGUAUGACGACCAUGCUUCCGCGAAAAGGUUGUACAUAUGCAAAUUACCGUAAGCCAGUUGACAUUUUGACUAAAGGCUGUGUGUUUUGAAACUUCAAUUGGAAUAAUUGUCUAUUUGGGUCGAUGUGCCUUCUGCUAACAUCACAAUUUUUUUGGCAAACGUUUUAAACAGGGACUUGUCUAUACGAAACUAUCAUCCUAUCAAGAGCGUAUCUGAUUUUAUCCACUUCUUGACCAAAAAAAAAAAAAAUUCCUCGCGUAGAUCCUGUUUGUUUUGUUGUAUAUUUGUUUUAAAUUUCACCUUCAUUUACGAUGUCGUCUAUGGAUUCUGUCCAAUGCUUCAAACACACUUUUUUUCCUUUUAACUAAAUAUCAACAACUCAGCUUGCUGUUAAAAAUUUGAACGUGAACAAGAUUGUCUAGCAACAGAACUCAAAGCAUUCUCCCAUUAAAGACCAUGGGAAUAACACCGUCUAUUUCAAGCUUAUUAGAUCUUCUACAAGAUUGUCUCUUUAACUCAUAAAUAUUUUAAGAGCUGCUCCUUCGUUUUUUAUGCACUUUUUGUGUUGCGCGAAACUAAUUUUGCCGCGUCUUUUGUUGGAUGGAACUAAACUCACAAAUCAGUGAAAAUAAUUAUUCCUACCAGAUACUAAAACUUGGCGAUAUGUGACCGAAAAGUUUUAAUGCAAUCUUUACUUACUCUAUUGAUUCGACAACGAAAAACCAUAACAAAGCUUUCUAACGAAGGGCUGGGAAAAAACAUCCCUGUAAAGUACUGAACGAUAAAACAUUUGAAAUUUCAAGCGACAAAAUAACACUUUCUUCGAUUUAGACUUAACUACCCAUUGAAGGACUUUACCGAUUUAAUACAAAAUUCAUUUUCUAAUAAAUCUAAAAUUCAAAUUAUUUAGUUCUUUGAAGGCUACGAGAAUAUUUUUUUUCCUCACGAAGAAAAGGGACUCAUUUUUUGAAGCUAAAUUUGAUAUGUUUUUCUCGUGGUAGCUUGUUUUAGAGAGAUCCUUUAUUUUAACUCAAUAUGACUUAUACCGAAAUGAAAAACAAUACAUUUUGCGUAUUGGAUUCGUUAAUAAACACGUCUCGACAGUAUGUUCAAGAUAACAUAAAAUACAUUAUAAUUCUCGCCUCCAAGGCUAAUAUAACAUUCUGAAAUUGAUAAAACUUGACUUAAAUACUGUAGAACAGCUCCUGUUGAUAAAAUCGUUGAAAAGGUUCCAUAGUAAAUGUAUUUUGUCUUUUUCAAGCUGUUUUAAACUGCUCCGACAGUGCGUGGGUACCUGCUGUAGGAAUUUAGCAUAAUAUUGUAUGAGUAAAUAGCUAAAUUUGACUAACAAAUUGAAAGGAGCGAAAAGGUGGCAUGGCAUAUAAAAGUGAUGAAGAGAAUUAAAAUUUCUUAUCUUUUUAUUUUUCAAAGUGUGUAGAAUACAUGAAUUCAACAGCUUUACGGUUGUCUAGUCUGGAAUCGAUAAUAACGCUGGAGUGUAUUCUCUUAAAUACUCUUCAAAGGUAAAUAAUGAUCGGCUGAAUGUUGACGAGAGUUUGAUUGUCUCGUAGUAAGUCGAUGAAUUCGCGCCGAUUUUGGUUCAUCAUUUUAAUUAUUAUUUCCUAAGCCGACAUUUCAUUAAGCCUACAAUUAAAUUGCAUCAUGCGUGAUGCACGGUGGGUUGCUUAAAGUUUAUAUAACCUUAAAAACAUCUCAAGGAUGAAAAAUGUCCGUCGGACCAAAGUUCAAUUGCUUUUUCUGUUGAAAGUAAGCUUAGUAAAUAUCGUCAGCAGGUUUUGGAAAUAGUGCCCCAUAGAAACGAAGGAACCGGCGUCGAAACAAAAGUAAAAUAAGGGCAGGAUAUUUUAUGAGUGGGUUAGUACUUACGUUGGAAAAAAUUACAACGUUGGCGCGUUUUAAAAACACAUAUAAUUCGUAACUAUUUUGCUAUCAAAUGUUCGAUUGUCUGGUGAGUCGAUAAUUUCACGCCACAUUUAUUCAAUCCUAUUUACAGUCAUUUCAAUUGUUUUGAAAUCAAAGAGCAUGUUUUAUUGAAAUCCACUGCGAAGGUCGUUAUCCCCAGACUGUUAGUUAUUCAAGCCUUCUUACGAUCUCCUCUCGAUUAUCGCAGAAAAUGUGACAGGGAGUGCCAUUAUUGUCAAUAAUUCAUGAUCACCAGUCGAGAAAGGAAUAAAUUGGUGACAUGAAAAAAAAAAACAGUCCUCUUCUUGGAAAUGCAUAAUACUGACGCAGAUACUAAUUUUAGCUUAUGCCUGCUCCACCAUAAGGCCAAAAAGGAGUAUUUUCCUUGAAUAAAAAUAAAAAUUCGAUAUUCAGACGGACUAAAGGGAUAUUUUCUCAAGCUAAACAGAACGAAGCAAGGAGAUUUUUCCUAUGAGAGCCUAGGUGCUACAUUUGGCGACGAAAUAUGUGGCUGGAAAAAGGCAAAUGCAAAUUUCUCGGUAACUCUAGUGGAAAACAAAGGGAGAAGAGAGGAAUACGCUUGAAGGUAUUCCUUUGAUCGAAAAAAUUGCCAUUGGUGAAGACCGUUCCAAUUUAAAUUCGCCAUCGAAAAGACCCAGUUUUCUGCACAAUUGUUGAGUGCUGUAGGCCUCCACUAAAUUGUUUAUAUUCUAGCUUGCAUAUUUUAGUAAACAGAGAGGACAAGGAAUUUUAAUCUAAAAUAAAGGACAUCUGUUUGUAUACGUUUUUUUUUUGCAAAAGGUCAUAAUUUUUUAGUUAUGACUACAGCUCAAACUUUAUGAAGAAAGUGACUUUAAGGUAAAAUCAAAUACAGUAUCUAUUCAGUCUAAUUUGCAUUUUGAGAAAUUAAACGACCCUUUUUAAAAACAUGUUCCGACAGUUCCUCUGUCAUCUUCAGUUCUGAUUUUGAAUUUAAAGCGUAAAACAAAAUGCUCCUUGGACAAAACAAACAAUAGUAACAGUAAAUAAUAACAUAGCAGCGAUGUCGGAGAAACCUCCCAGCAUUUAUCCACACGUGUGCGUGAGCACUUGGUCAGUGAUAGGACCUCUGACAUUUUCAGACAUUUACUGAAUUUUCCACAAUGUCCCACUCUAUGUUCUGAUGAGUGUUUUAGCAUCUUGCAACAAGCUUUCACAACUUUCCAACUUAAAAUCAAAGACACUAUCCACAUUCAAUGGGAGCAACCUACUCUUAAUUAUCAACUUUAUCAUGUUAAUUUAAAACUUUCCUUGUAAUUACAUAUAUUGUUCUGUCAGUAUUGUUUGUUUUGUUCAAUCAGCAUUUUGUUAUACUCUUUAAAUACAACUAUGUACUUAGUAAAAUCAGAACUGAGUAUGACAGAAGAACUGUCGAAACAUGUUUUUACAAAUUUUCUUUUAUUUUCUUAGAUUUGAAUUGUUGUAAAAUAUUGCAUUGCUGUGGUCUGAAGCACGUUAUUCGAUAAAAUAACUCAAAGCAGACCCACUGUGCUUCGAACACAUUUUAAAUGUCCAGCCUUGAUAUUUGAAGUUGGUUAUUUUCGAUCCGUUUUGAUGCUCUUCAUCUCUAGCCAUCCAGCGAUGGACUGACAUCCCAUUGAGGGGGGGAUAGCAAUGCUCCUUAAUUCAUGUGACAGAAACCACGACAAACCCAGUUUGAAUAGCGUCCUAAUUCGUGUCCAGACUUCACAUCUUUUACCCUGACUGACCUACUUUUUUUUUCUUUUUCUUUUUUUUUUUUAAACAAUAUGUUAAAAAUUUAAUCAUUAAUUGUACAUUAAAUUCUGCCUAACCUACUCCUUUGUCAUACUUACGAUUGACUAACAUCAAUAGCAUCUUCCAGUGGUGUGUUUCAAACAACAACAACAACGACGACGACAAUUCAGCACCAAAAACAGCAACAUAAUCAACAAGUACAGUAGCAAUGAAGAUGACAAUGCUGAUAAUGACGAUGACGACAGUGACAGCGACAGAAAACCCUUAAAAGUAUACCUAUUUGAUUGGCUUCCUGCGUCCUACUUUGCAUAUUUGGAAAAGUUAUCGAUUACCUGACUUUCAUUUCUCUUUCCAGAUUUUUGCAAUGGUGUCUUUGAUCGUGAUCAUCUUGUCAGUAGCAACGUUUUGUAUGGAAUCUAUAGAAAAGCUGAAACAAAAUUACAAGGGCUUGUUUGAAGGCAUGGAAUACUUCUAUCUCGUUUGGUUUUCAGCAGAUUUCCUGGCGAGGCUGCUGACAUGCCCUUCUCUGGUAACUUUCUUCAAAACGUUCAUGACAUGGGUUGACAUUGCAUCUGUAAUACCACUUUACGUUAAUUUGGCAAUUGGUGACGAAGAAACAAGUGUGUCAGGCACCCUUAACUUUCUUUUCGUUCUCCGGUUGAUCAGGAUUUUCAGGUUAUUCAGGUUUUUCCGGACCAUGAGUGGUAUGCAAGUGAUCGGGCACACACUCAGGGCCAGCGCUAGGGAGCUGUUUCUCCUGAUUCUUAUCCUCUUGAUCCCUAUGGUUAUUUUCUCCACGUUGGUUUUCUACGCAGAAAAGGUGAGAAACUGGGUACUGGUAUUCUGUACGAUUAAAGCUCCUGAGCAGUACAUCUGUGUGGAACUCUGUAUAAGGUUUUUUUAAGGUAGAUCUGGCUUGUUUAAACAACCCUUAGCCAACAGCAUUGUUACCAUAAUCAUUAUCUAAUCAUGUCGCUUUGAAAAUUGCUGGCCCUUACAGCACUUAGGACAGCACCUGUUACCUAUGAACCUAGUAUAUAACUUGCUACAUACUGGCUUGCAGUUCCCCUCUGGUCAUUCUUUUCAAGUCAUUCUUCUCUCCUACACUCGUGACAAAAUGAUUAACUUCUUUAUUAAGGUUGUGAUUUUGUUUGCCUUGUGUUAUGUUAUUACAGAGUCAUCAAGAAAGGGAUUUUUACAGCAUCCCAGAAGCCUUUUGGUGGGCUGUAAUUACCAUGACAACAGUGGGCUACGGUGAUGUUCAUCCCAAGUCUCUCCUUGGAAAGAUUAUUGGUACGGUUUGCGCAUGCGUAGGAGUUCUAAUCGUGGCACUUCCUGUCUCAGUGAUUGGCAGUAAUUUCACGUUGUUUUACUCUCACGCACAAGCUCAGUUGAAACUUCCGAAAAAGAAAAAAACACCGCUUUUACUCGGUGCUGCAGGCGCACUCGUAUCCGAGUCCACUUUGUACAACAACGACGGAAACUCAAACAUUUCCGAAGACGGGGAAAGUCCAACCCCUCGGGAAGAAGCCUUGGCUUUACCUCGAAAGAGUCUUCGGAAUCCAUCGAUAACUCCUCGUUGUCGUUCGGUUCGACGAGAAACUGCAUUACCACCCGCUGCAUUACCAACAUUAGAGUCGGACGCCUCAGAAAUAGACCGUACUUCCAAUGGGAAGAAGAGUAUGGAGGAGUUGUUCUCAUCACCCCCGACGGGUAGCGCACUAGAUAUCUCCAGCGGUCUCAAGGGGGCCAGUGACGUUAUGCUAAAUAUAACAGCUCCUACGCACGUACACCGUCGCAUGGCGAUUUCUCCCGCACCGUCUCCUCCGGUAAGAAAAAACAGUCAGCGUAGGAGACGGCGGGGUGGAAGUAAGCGAUUGGCCAACCGUGGCAACGGAGAUGCAUCAUCCAACGAGAAGGAUCGCGAUAGUUAUUACACCACUACGGACGGGGAUAGCCCAGGGGAAAGUGAAAGCCACGUGCAAUCUAAGCCGGAACAUACCGAGCAGGACAGGAACAGCGUAGCACUACGAUCUUCAAACGAGUCAAACACCUCGGAGCACAAGAAUGCCACUGCCAAAGUGGCUGUUCUUUCGGACAGUAAAACGGAAGAUGACAUGCGCGCGCGGAGUGACUCUGGCAAUCAUGUGAGGAUAGCAGGAGUGACGUUUGACUCAAGUGAAGACUUCGUUGAGGAAAAAGGGGAACAGGACAGGAACAUUACUAAAAUAGACCCAGCCCCACCUUGGAAAUCCACCGAAAGUUUGAGCAGUGACAGAUCACAUCACAACAAACAGCUUGUGGAACCUCGGCAGAGGUCUAAAACUGAACUGGUUUCCAGUGACACUCCGCCAUGUAAGAGGAGGAAUGCCAUUGGUGGAAAUCGUGGAAUAUCUGCAUUGCCCAUCUCACCACUUGUCAGAUCCGAGGAGAGAAUUCAAAAAACCCCACUACAUGAAUUUGUCGGGGACUCUAAAGCCAGGAAAUACACCAGCGAUGUAAGACAUUCUCAGUGCAACGAUAAAGAUCCUCAGCAAGAAUUGAAAAAUUUGCCGCAUUCUGCACCAUCUCAGGUUAAAAAUGCGGUGGAAUCUGAGAGUAGAGACGGUAGAAAAGACAUCCUGAGGCCGAACAUAAGAGGAAAUAAACGAGAUAGCAUUCAGAAUAUGACUCGCGUCUGA